GUUAGCUCGCGCAUCACGUGCCUAUAGUACGCCGCUUUGGCUUGAAUUGGAGACGCAAUUUUGACGACCUGUUUGUUCUGGCGGCUUGCAGCACAGUCCGAUCGCAAUGAAGGCAUCAUCGAACGCUUCCAAACAAGCCGUUAAAUCCAAGUCCCCGGUCCUUUCGGAGAAACUCUCAAGUACUUCGUCAACAACGGCGGCACCGGCAAAGCGUUCCGCCAAAAAGCAGUCGACAAGAGGCUCGAGUCCAGGGAAAACAAGCACCGAACCACAGACUGCCGCAACGCCACCAAUGGCCAUCGCUACAAAAGACACGAUUGCCUCAAUUUUGCUUCUGAAAGGCUGCGAGUUAGAAGGGGUAGACGAUGUCUACUUAUGCGACCCGUACGUCGUGUUUCAGAUUGGAGCAGAACAUUACACUAGCCGGGUCAUUCGUGAAGCCAGCGACCCUGUUUGGAACGAAAAGUUUGACAUCUUCAUUAGCAACGGGAAAUCAAUGGUAUUGGAUGUUAUCAUAAUGGAUAAAAAUGAGAAUGCCAGCACACAGUUCAUAGCCAGAUUUCGUAUCAACCUGGCAAAGUACAACUACAACACAACGUACGAAGUUCGGCAGGACCUCGACGACGAUGCGGGAAGACUGUUCUUCCAGGUGACCCUGCUGGAACCGAAUCGUCUUUUACAGGGCGACGUCUUCGACCUGCCUUCUUUCACCACACUCUAUUACAUGCGCCGUGAGAUCGCCAAGAAAUACGGCUGGAGCGUCUUUGGCGAUUGGAGCGAUAUUGGCCAAGUUAUGCUUAUAGUGUACAUGGCGAAGGACGUGGCUGCACGACACCUCGAAGACAGGAUCAACCCCUUUUGUGUUGUGGAGCUGGCUGAUAAGAAAAUUCAUUCGGACAUUCAAAAAUCCACCAUCAACCCUGUCUGGAAUUGCCUGAUCAGAAUAAGGAAGAUCCCUGACCUACACGCCGCGCUGCAGAUUACUGUCCUCAAUGAUUUCACCAGGCAGGAAUUCCUCGGAACCAUCGCUUUCCCUCUCGUCAUGAUGGAGCGACGUAAGAUGCUGUGGUUUCCGCUGAAGGAUGAAUACCUCUCGACGGACACUGGGGGAGAAAUAUUUAUCGAAUUUGACAUGAUUUACAAUCCGAUUAGAGCUGCCUUAAGAAGCUUUCAGGAGAAACCGGCUCCACCAGCUCCACUAGCGGACACAUCACUCGCUAGGGAGACACUGACGCGAAAUGUGCGUCGAACGAAGAACUUGUUCAAGCGCUACGUCGCAGUGAAGAACUUGUUCCUCAAGUCUUUCGACUGGGAAAGUGUUCCUUUGUCCGCCUUCUCUUUCGUCUCCUUGGUGUGGCUGUCGUUAUACCUUCAGCCUUACAUGCUUCCCUGGUUGGGCAUUGUCGGUUUAAUCGUCAUACAGGUGGCAAUCAAAUACUGGAAUGUACUGGAACCGCCUAUAGAAGAAAAACGACGGUCAAGUCUGUCCUUGUCAGAAAGGCUGGCCGGACUGCAAGAAGCUGCAGAAGCGAUGCAGAACACGCUCGGCAAGGGCUCUUCCAUCGGCGAACGCAUUCUAAACGCCCUUACAUUUCGCUACCCCUACGUGUCCCGGAUGCUAAUCGUCCUCCUUGUCGUGUCUGGCUUUCUUUGCUACUACGUGCACCUUCGAUACUGGAUACUCAUAUGGGUUCUUCAUAAACACUGGAAAGGAUUUCGACGUUAUUACUUGGGCAAACUUGGCGAGGCGAGACAACGGACAAACAAGAUCUGGAACCUUAUCAGCAGAACACCGGACGACUACGAACAAAGCCGUUAUUCUAAGCCCAAGCCCGGCGAUCCUCAGAAGCAGACGGAGCCUGGCUACAUCACAAGGUCCAUAACCUAUGGGCGACCAUAGAUGUAACAUAGAAGCGUGCUUUUUACCACGUAACAAGACACUUGACCAAACACUUGUUUUCGCUUC